CCUUCAAACGUCAAAAACAGCUGUCUAUUGUUUUGAUAAAGUGGAAAAAUGUUAAUUUUAAGAAAUCUACGUUUUAUAACAAAAGUUACAAAACUUGAUAGCAAUUUAUUAAAUAACGCUCCACGAAUUGUAAGGGAACUGCGUAGUCAAACAAGGCAACGACCUGAUAUAAGUGUUUCUAAAGGGUUAGAUGAAGCUAAUACUAAGCCUACCGCACAAGCGCUACAUGACGAACAACAUGCACAAACCGUCAUUACGAAAGCAGUAAAUAAAUAUUUAAAAGACGAACUAAGACAGAUUGAAAAUGGUCGGUCAGCUGAUGCUACCUCCACCAACAAUAAACCUAUCCACAAGGAACUUAAAAAUGUCAGUGACGAGGAGGCCGAUGAUAAUGCAUUGUCGAUUAGUGAGGCUAAAAAAGAUUAUGUGCCGACUUUCAAUUUAGCAGCAUAUGUGAACAAGUCACCAACGUUACAGCAAUUUAUACAGCUUGGUGUUAAUUUACAUAGCAUCGAAAGACGUAAAGGAUUGGCCAAAUUUGUGUUGGGCUUAGAAUUUGAGAAGGAUGUGAAACCUUAUCUGUACUUUCUGCAAGAUCAAGGCGUUUCACCAGAUGUAUUUGGCGAAUUUAUUACAAAAAAUCCACUUUUUUUCAAAAUAGAUUUAGAUGACCUGCAGACACGCGUCAACUACUUGGAAUCCAAAAAUUUUACACCAGAUCAAAGACAACGUAUAUUUACGCGCAACCCUUUCUGGCUGAUGUUCUCAACGCGACGCAUCGAUCAACGACUGGGUUAUUUUCAAAAAGAGUUUCGUUUAAAUGGCGAUGACGUACGCUUUUUAUCAUCGAAACAACCACGACUGAUAACAUAUAAUAUGGAGCAUAUACGCAAAUCAUCAUUUUGUAUACGAGAAGAGAUGGGCUUUGAUCAAGACGAACUUAAAUGCUUGCUGUUAAACAAGCCACGUUUAUGGAUGAUGGACUCUGAUCUGCUCAUUGAACGUUUUGCUUAUGCACACCAAACUAUGAAGCUUUCGCAUGAUAUGUUAAUACAAUUCCCAGAAGUACUUUCGUCGCGGGAAUUUCGGUUGCGACAGCGACAUGAGUUCCUCGUUACACUUGGUCGCGCACAGUAUGAUCCUGAGAAGGAUUUAUACAUAUCUCCAAGAGAUUUGGUCAGUGGAAAUGACUACCAUUUUGUCCGCAAUGUUGCUAAAAGCGAUCUUGAAACUUACGAACUUUUCCUUAAGACGCGAUAGUAAUUUUUGUACACAUAAAAUUUAAAAAAAAAAUUU